CAUUCUGCAGGCAGCACUCAAAGGAUUGUGACUGCACCCAUAUAACUUUAGUGUUUCCAUUCAAUUGUAGUAUUUUUUUUUUUCCGCUGGUUUAAAAGAAUAUUUAUAUUCUAGUUUAUUUUUUUUUUUUAUCUUAAUAAUAUUGCAGCCUGUUCAUUUCAUUUACCGAAAGGGUUUAUUUUAAGUGCAAUAUUUUAAAAAAGGAAUUUUGUAUCAGGGAAGGAUCAGAUUUCAAAGUAUUAUUUAAUUGUAGUGCAAUAUUGCAUUUUAGACUUUAUAUACAUAAAAAAAAAGCUUAGUGGAAAGAGAUCAACUUGGAAGCCUAUUUUGUGUAGAUCCUUGAUAAAUUCACUUUGUGCUGCAAAAAGAGAAGGGGACCUUUGGACGAAGAAUGGCUGGUUUAAACUCACUGGAAGCAGUCAAGAGAAAGAUCCAGGCUCUACAGCAACAGGCCGACGAUGCUGAAGAUAGAGCGCAGUGCUUGCAAAGGGAGCUGGACACUGAACGGGAUAUGCGUGGAAAAGCAGAAGGUGAAGUAGCCGCAUUAAACCGCCGUAUCCAGCUUGUUGAGGAAGAAUUGGACAGAGCGCAGGAGCGUCUUGCCACAGCCUUACAGAAACUGGAAGAAGCUGAAAAAGCUGCUGAUGAGAGCGAAAGAGGUAUGAAGGUCAUUGAGAAUAGGGCGAUGAAGGACGAAGAAAAGAUGGAAAUACAAGAAAUGCAACUCAAAGAAGCCAAGCACAUCGCAGAGGAAGCCGAUCGUAAAUAUGAGGAGGUUGCUCGUAAACUUGUCAUUCUUGAAGGAGAGCUGGAGCGAGCAGAGGAGCGAGCAGAGGUGUCUGAACUCAAAUGUGGUGACUUGGAGGAAGAACUGAAAAAUGUAACAAACAACUUAAAAUCUCUUGAAGCUCAGUCUGAGAAGUACUCAGAGAAAGAAGACAAAUAUGAAGAAGAAAUAAAGAUACUGACAGACAAACUUAAAGAGGCAGAAACGCGAGCAGAAUUUGCAGAAAGAACUGUCGCCAAACUAGAAAAGACAAUUGAUGACUUGGAAGACACGCUGGCAAAAGCCAAAGAUGAAAACCUGGGAAUGCAUCAAGUUCUGGAUCAGACUUUACAAGAACUCAACAGUUUAUAAUAGAAAGUGAAGAAACCUCUGUGCAAACUUAAUCUAUUCAUUCGUUAAACUUUAUUACAUUCCCAUCUAUCUUGUAACAUUCCAGGGGAGAGAAGUGCAACCAAAAUUAUUUUAUUUUGUAAGGGAUCAUUCCCAAAUUGAGCCUAAAAUCUCAUUUUAUGUUGGUGCAUUUUUUAAAAUAUUUUUUUAUACUAAGGACCCAUGUACAUUUUAUUUCUAGAUUAGCCACACGUUUUACUGUAUACUUAUUUGCUCUGUUACAGGACCACAAAAUGUUGCUAUAAAAAAUGUUUUUGAAUAUUUGUUUUUUUUUUCUUUCUAUUUUAAAACCGGCAAUAAAACCAAACUAAAAAUG